AUGUCGUUGGCCGGCGUCUCCGACACGGAUAUGGAGUCCUCGUCGGCCUUCUCGCCUUCUGAGCCCGCCGUCGACGCCGCCUUCGUGUCCAAACACAACCAAAGCGCGGAAGUCUAUCAGGUGCGCGGUGAAAUUUGGAAAAAAAGUUCAGUUUCAUGAGAAAUUCAGCCCACGAAUAUCUAAAAUAUGCCAAAAAUGUGUACUAGAUAUCUAAGUUUUUCCUUUAGAUUCAAGUUUUGACAUGUCAUACUUAGCCAUAUCUUUUAAUUUUUGAGGAGAAUAAAAGCAAAGUCCUGCAACUAAUUACAACAAAAUUUUUGAGUUCGUUUUUACGCGGUCUGACGCGUAAUAGGUGUAACAUCGCGUCGUUCUGUUGCUAAAUGGUUUUUUUAACCAGGAAUUGCAAAUUUUUCUUUUUUUCUUUAAUAUUUUUUUCAAAACAUUUUCAAUUUGAAUAUUUGAAAAAAAGUUUUUAUUUUUAGAUCUUCUCUCUGUUUUUCCCUUGAUAAAUUUCGCCUUCUUCGCUUUCUUUUUUUCACUUUAAUUGAAGACUCACUUUUUUUAAACUUUUUCUUUUUUUCCGAACUUUUUUUGUGCCUGAUCUUCUUGGAAACAAAGCCUUUUAUUAGAAUGAGUCACUCUAUUUAAAGUAAAGAAGAAGAUUACACAAUUUGUCAUUACGCGACAAAAAUUCGAACACGUCAUUGGCGCACUCAAUGAUUUGAAAUUGUGUUCUUCGGUUGAGGUUUUUCUGAAUUUUUCAGCAUUCGUUUUUGAACCUGCUUUUUUUAAAAGGGAAAACUCGAAAUAAAAUUCAAAUGAAUUGAAGAUAAAUUGAAAAAAUCAACAUUCUUUUUUUAAAUUUGUUUUUUCCUAUCUGCUCUCCUUUUCGGAUGAAUUCUAUUCUCAUUUCCACAUGAAAAGAAAUUCUUUGAACUUCAAUUUCAACUGAAAUUUAGGGGUUCAAAGAAUGCGCCGACUUGCUACUUUCCGGGAAAAUAGCGCAGAACGAACAGAUGGCCUUCGCUCAGGUUUUUUACAUUUGUAAAAAAGAAAUGUUGGUAUUCAACUUCAGAAAACACUAGGAGUUCUUGAACAAUUACUCGCAGCGUUCGAAGACGAAAAGCAACAUUUGAUGAGUGAUGUCCUAUUGAAUUGGGCUAUGAAACAACAAAAAGUCGGUUUCAAAGCUAUAUUUUGCAGUCUAAAUUAUUCCGUGAUAUUUUCAAACUUUCAGCUGAGCAUUGGAACUUUGUACACGCAACAAGUACACUAUGGGCAACUCGAUCUGAUCCACUUACAGUUAUCAUUAAAUCAAUUUGAAAAAUUAAUCUUCUUAUUUUAGAUUUGAAUAUUUCGGCGAGCUGUUACAACAAACUCUGUCCGGACUUGACUAUCUCAAGCAAUAUUUCCCCAACGUCGGAUUUGAAGAGGUUUGUAUUUUUGAGUUUGAAAGCUAUGGGAGAAUAAACUGGUAGAAAGGUUAAAAAAACCGAUAACUUGUAAAUUAUCUCACCAUUCCUUUAAACAGGGUCUUGCUUACGAGGUGAGUCAUUUUACUUUGCGAUUUGGAAUUCUCUCAAAUUUGUUCAGAAAACUACCUAUUUUAUUAGAAGUCUCAGCUUUAGCUGCACAAAUUCCUAGUUUUCAAGAAAUGAGGAAUCAGAGCCCCAAAGUAGCAUGUUUUAACGAAAUUUGAGGGUUUUCUCUUUCUUCGAAAGGAUUUUUCUCAAAUCUGAAAAUUUCUAAAGGUUGAGACUUCCAGAAUCUUUAGAAAAGACAAAAAAAAUCAUCUAAAAGUUUAGGAGCACGCAAAACUACGGAAUCUGAUCCACUACUUUCUGUACUACUCAAUAAUCGUGAGCCGACAGCCGCCGUCCGUUGUAGUGAAAUGCGGCGAGGCUGAAAACCAUCGGAGAAGUCGUUUCUGGUUCAACACCGAGAUCAGGUCCGACUUUUCGGAUCAAGGUCAUCAAAGAAGUUUGCCAGAGUUCUGGGAGGAAAGGCUUUCGGAAUCGACAGUGCCGGCGAUGGACUGAAGGUGAACUGUCAUCUGAUAACCGAUGAAACAGCGAAACAGCUUCUGGGCAACGCCUACCUCGAAAUGUGAGGGGCCAUCUGAUCUUGGGACCUCAAGGGAAAAUCUUCAGAUUCCAGUCGGAAGAGUUUUGUAUUGAGCCCUCGACCGCUGCUUUCCAGCGCAAAGAGAACGGCCUGAAAGCGAAGUUCGACGACAUGGUUGGGCCAGAAGCCUUGCUGAAUAUAGUGAGAGUUUCAGAAAGUGGCUAAAAAAGUUCAACUCCGACGAGAUUCUGUUGCCACGAAGCGUUACUGUCUCUGUUACAACAUCCAGUUGACGACAAAUUGCGGAAUUGAACUCGUCGGGAAAAAGGUUCUUUUUCGAAAAGAUUUUCAAGCUCACGAACAAUACAUUUUCAGAAAUUGAUUUGAAGUUUAUCUCGAGAUCAUAAAUAAGUAAAAUGAAAAAAAAAAAUGAAAAUAUUUGACUUGGAGAGAUUUUUUAAGGGACAUAGUUAAUUUCACAAAACCCGUUUCAAUUGUUGAUUUUGGUCAUCUGACUUCAAAUACGCGAGCGAAGCUCUUAUAAGAGCUAUACAUUUCAUGAAAUAUUGGGAGACUGGAACAAAAAAGAAAUCAAACUAGCCGUGAAAUUCAUGAGCUUGAUGAUUUUUCACAUAAGAUCCGCCCCGAUCCAAAAUUGAAAAGUGACCAAGUUAGUGACUACUUUUGACACGUCACCUAAUUGAAUUAGCAGACCUUUUUUCUUCAGGUUUCUCUGCCAUUCGCAGUUUUGGUUGGCCCUAAAAGUGAUGUCGAGGCGAAAUUGUUCCUGGAACGUUCUUUUGCAGAUCUGGUAAAUAGGUCCUUUCCUAAAAGGUGAUGGAGAAAAUGUUCAGGUGCGACAUCCUUUGUCAGACAUUCCGACGCAUGUUUCAUGUCCCGAAAUGGCAGACGCCCUCGAGAUGAAGUUCCAGGUCGAACUCAAAACUUGUAAAAGGGAACUGAUAGGUUCAGGCGAUAGUGGAAACUCCGCAGAAAAACGCCGACAGCCCUGCGAUCAUCCAGCCGAGAAGGUUCUCCAUGCAGGUAGCCAACAUGAAACAGUUCAGGGAAAUUCUUGAUGAUGGAACUGUUUUCCCAGGCGAAGCAGCACUUGGUGAUGCGACUGAAGCCCAACCAGCAAGGCUUCAUCCCCCUGGACAACUUCAUGAAACUGCCCGUCGCCGAGGAGUACCAGCAGAAGAAGACGACUUCGGCGGAAGGCGAGUGGAAACUCGUCCCUUUCUUCGACUGGUACUUCAAACUCGCCGAGAUCGUCAACAAGUACCUCUACAGCAUGUGGUACGACGGGUGGGUCGAAUUCGUCUUUUCCAAUUUCAUCUCCAAUCUUUCUAGACUUCUCUACGGCUUCUGCAGCAAGGAAGACGCCGAAAACCUUCUCCGCUGUAUCCCGAGAUCUGUGCUUCUAGUUCGAUUUUCGGAUAUCGAAUUUGCCAAAAUCAAAAUUUCCGUGAAAAGUAGGAGUGGAGGUUGGAAACUGCUUCUCAAUUGAAAUUAUGCAUUCGUUUUCCAGAAAUCCGCCAUCACUGGUAUGAACACGCGGAUUUAAACGCGAGGUCUCUGACCUCAGAGCUUUUGUCUAACCAUAAAUUUGCCGAUGUCGACUUGAUCUACCCGGAUAUUGACCUUGAGGUGAGUAGAAUGAGUCUGGAAACGUUUGAACAGAAACCACUUGAAAACUUGUUUCGGCGAGAGGAAAGCAGAAAAGAAAAAAGGAAGAAGGGCACAUUUUUUGCAAACUCUUCAAAUUUGCCAAUGUUUUCAAUAUCACGCUCCAACGAAAAUUCGAAAAAUAGGUGAAGUCCUAGAAUGGACUGUUCUGAUCCCUCUGAUGGGCAAAAAAAAUGAGAUAAAGAAGUUUUUACCUGUUUUUAAAGGUUUUUUCUUCUUCCUUAUCAGUGUUAAAUAUGGUUCAUUGAAAUGAAUAAAGUCCCAAAAGGUAGUCUCAAUUUAUUUUAAAAAUUGAAUAACUCAGCAGAUUGUUGAGAAAUCACCACGAAAAUAAUGACUUUCGUUGCGGCUUUCAGGCUACUGUAGUUUCCUCAUAAUCUGACUUUCCCAAGUUGCCUAUAACAUCAGUAUUUCAUUGCUAGUUUUUGAAAAAACUAGUGUUUAAUUUAAGAAAUGUCUCAAGGCCAGGAGUCACUUUCAGUGUUAUUUUAAAUUACAAGACUCAAUCUUUUUGAGCAGGAUACAAUAGAUAGCUUCACGAAAACCAUUAGAAUGUAUAAUUUGAAUUUCAAAAGUCAAAACUCUCAAUUUCAUAAUGAUGCAAUGUUUUGACGGAAAUUCGCAGGUGGCGUUGGGCGGACGCGAUAAGCCUCGCGUUCUUGUGCCGCGGAACCUGCAGCCCGACGAGAUCUACUUCGAUAACCAGGGCGCCGCGACGUCUGCUUUCUGA